CUCAUAUAAAGGAGUCUGGGAAAGGAUGAUUUGCAUUGCUCUUGAGCAUUGGGGUUCUGGACAGCACCCUGAGCACUGCAGAAGAGCACCCCUUCCUCUCUCCUCCACCAGCGCCGCUAUUGCCCCUCUAGUACCCCCUGCUGCCGAGAAAGAAAAUUACAUCCGGAUCCAUGCAACCGGCGAUGAUGAUGUUUUCUAGUAAAUACUGGGCAAGGAGAGGAUUUUCUCUGGAUUCAGCGGUGCCUGAAGAGCAUCAGCUGCUUGGCAGCUUAACACUAAAUAAAGCUAGCUCAAGCAAAAAUGAUGACAAGAAAGGCAACCAAGGGAGCAGCAAAAGCGAAACCUCCGUGGAGCGUGGCAAGACUGCAGUGAUAUUUUCCUUGAAAAAUGAAGUUGGGGGGCUGGUAAAAGCCCUGAGGCUCUUUCAGGAAAAACAUGUCAACAUGGUUCAUAUUGAAUCCAGGAGAUCCCGGCGAAGAAGUUCUGAGGUUGAAAUCUUCGUGGACUGUGAGUGCGGUAAAGCAGAAUUUAACGAACUCAUUCAGUUGCUGAAAUUUCAAACCACCAUCGUGACACUGAAUCCACCGGAGAACAUUUGGACAGAGGAAGAAGAGCUUGAGGAUGUGCCUUGGUUCCCCCGGAAGAUCUCUGAGUUGGACAAAUGCUCUCACAGAGUCCUCAUGUACGGUACUGAGCUUGAUGCUGACCACCCAGGAUUUAAGGACAAUGUCUAUCGACAGAGGAGGAAGUAUUUUGUGGAUGUGGCUAUGAGUUAUAAAUACGGUCAGCCUAUUCCCAGGGUGGAGUACACCGGAGAAGAAACCAAAACUUGGGGCAUUGUAUUCCGGGAGCUCUCCAAACUCUACCCUACUCACGCAUGCAGAGAGUAUCUGAAGAACUUCCCCCUGCUGACUAAAUACUGUGGCUACAGGGAGGACAACGUGCCACAGCUGGAAGAUGUCUCUGCGUUCCUGAAAGAGCGCUCUGGCUUCACCGUGAGGCCGGUGGCUGGCUACCUGAGCCCCAGGGACUUUCUGGCAGGACUGGCCUACAGAGUGUUCCACUGCACUCAGUACGUCCGCCAUGGCUCGGACCCCCUCUACACCCCUGAACCAGACACAUGCCAUGAACUCCUGGGGCACGUUCCACUACUUGCAGAUCCCAAGUUUGCUCAGUUUUCACAAGAGAUAGGGCUGGCAUCUCUGGGAGCAUCAGAUGAAGAUGUUCAGAAACUUGCCACGUGCUAUUUCUUCACAAUCGAGUUCGGCCUUUGUAAGCAAGAAGGACAGCUGCGAGCCUAUGGAGCAGGACUGCUGUCCUCCAUCGGAGAAUUAAAGCAUGCUCUUUCUGACAAAGCAUGUGUGAAAGCCUUUGACCCAAAGACCACCUGCUUACAGGAAUGCCUUAUCACCACCUUCCAGGAAGCCUACUUUGUUUCAGAAAGUUUUGAAGAAGCCAAAGAAAAGAUGAGGGACUUUGCAAAGUCAAUUAACCGUCCUUUCUCAGUAUACUUCAAUCCGUACACACAGAGUAUUGAAAUUCUGAAAGACACCAGAAGUAUUGAAAACGUGGUGCAGGACCUCCGCAGUGAUUUGAACACCGUGUGCGAUGCCUUAAACAAAAUGAAUCAAUAUCUAGGAAUUUGAUGCCUGGAGCCAGUGUCGUUGUCAGCAUCUUCUUUUGGAGGUCUUAGUAGCAGUUUGGUCAAUGUAAUGUAACACCAAUAACUUUCUGUGUCAUAGCUUGGCUAGUAAGCAUGCAAUUCUGUAUAUCUAUACCUACUUAUAACUUAAUGUGUUAAUGUGUGAUGUGCCAUAAGGAAACCAUGGCAGACAACCAGUCACUGUUUGAAAGACUAUAAUAUGUUUAAAUGUCUAUGUCUGUUUGGCAUUCCUGCUUAGUGCCCUUAACUGAACUGUUUCCUUAAAAUUUAUAAGUAGCACUCUUAUGACUCAAGCUUAUGACCUUGUCUUCUUUGGAGUGGAGUUUCUCUUUUGUGUCCAUUAGAUAAAAUGAAAACAACAUUGAAGUAGUUUCUAUUUUCCGUAGUAUCAGUGUUUUUGCCACAUAAUUUGAGAUAAACCCAGAGUUAUAGGAAACUUUCCAUCACAAUAACAAAUGAUUCAGUAUUUUAACUCAGAAAUGUGGUAACACAGUAUUUGGAAUGCUUCUAGGUUGAGUAUUUAUAUAAUGCAAGAAAAGAGAACAUUUGGAAUAUAGGUUGCAUUGACUUUGUGAAAAAUAAGUUGUGGCAAGCUUCUUGGAAGUACUUUGGAAGAUAAUACUUGUGGUAAGAACACUAGGAAAGACCAAACAAUGGGAAAUAAGUCUUGUGACUAUGAAGUUAAUGCUGGAAUAAAGUGAAUUCUAAUCUCA